CUCUCUGCUCAAUUUUAUAGAAGGGCAAACGGAGAAACCCUUCUUCUCCGACUCUUGGAUUUCUUCCCAAUCUUCUCCUAUAACUCUCUCUCACUCUCUCUCUUUCAAAUCGAAUCCAAUCCGAACCCCACUGUGAUGAUAUAAAAAGCCGACAUUUAUUUCUGGAUCUCUCCGUACGCUUCCACCUCUUUGCUUCUCUAGAGGAUAUCGGAGACACCAAUCCUUAUAGGAUAUUUCCUUGAUUCAUUUGUCAAUGGCGGAUUCAGAAAAUGCCCUUCCUCCUUCUAAGAAAAGGGCUGCUGGAAGGGAACUCUCUCGUGACAACCCAGGCCUUGAUGAUGAUGAGGAGAGUUCUGAACUAGAGACUGGAACUUUCAAGAAGGCCAGUGAGGAAGUGCUAGCAACAAGAAAGAUUGUUAAGGUUCGUCGCCCCCCGGCAACUUCAGUUCCUACUUCCAACCCUUUUGCUGGGAUACGCUUGGUUCCUCCAUCUGAAGCUAGUGCAAACCCUUCUCAAGUCGCGGCUGAUGCACAACCUGCUAGUGAAGUAACAGUUGCAGAUGAUGCUAAUCAGGAGUCAGAUUGCAAGUCUGAAUCUGCUGCAAAUAAGGAGAGCGAUGUGAAGGAGGAAGACAAAGUUCCCAGUGAGGCAACAGAGCCUGGGGCAGCACUUACUGAGGCUGAAUCUGCUGCUGAUAAGGAGAACAUUGUGAAGGAGAACAACAUUAUAUGUAGCGAACCAGCUGUUGAAGAAGAGACUAAAAAUGGUGGUGAGGUAGAAAAUGAGGUAAAGACUGAAAUUGAUGGUGAGACCAGAAAUGUUGAAAAGCCUGAAAAUGAAGAGAAAACAGAUAAGAAAGAUGAAGUUGUCGAGCCAAGAACUGAAGGUGCCCCCUUGAACUUAUUUCAGCAGCUUUCGGGUAGCCAAAAUGCCUUCACAAAUCUUUCUGGAACUGGGUUUUCUAGUUCCACCUUCUCUUUCGGGCUUGUUUCCAAGGAUGGGUCAUUGAAUUCUGGCUCUGGUUCACUCUUUGAGUCAAAAGGUGAUCUAUCCUCUGGUUUUGGUCUAUCUAAUAAUGGAAGUUCGUCACUCUUUGCCACAACAGGGCCUUCAAUUGUCUCUAAGGGUGACAUCCCUCCAAUGCAAGAGGUUGCAGUUGAGACUGGAGAAGAAAAUGAGAAAGCGGUUUUUACUGCUGAUGCAGUGCUCUUUGAAUUUAUUGAUGGAGGUUGGAAAGAGCGUGGGAAGGGAGAUCUGAAGGUAAAUGUGUCUGAAUCCGGGGCGGACAAAGCCAGACUAGUUAUGAGAGCCAAGGGAAUUAGGAAGGUAAUUUUGAAUGCAAGUCUUUACCCAGACAUGAAGCUGGCGAAUAUGGAGAAGAAAGGUGUAACCUUUGCGUGCAUGAAUAGUGUUGAUGAAAAGAACGAUGGGUUAUCCACAUUUGCGUUGAAGUUCAAGGAUGGGCCCAUAGUUGAGGAAUUUCGCUCGGCUGUCACAGAGCACAAAGGCAAGACAUCUACAGCUAUGAAGACUCCUGAAAACUCCCCUAAAUGAUUAAAAGUAGCACAUGCCAAUGCUCAGUGAGUUAUAUUUCCUCGUCUCGAAUUUGAGUUUAAAGUUGUUUACCCUUCUGGGGAGAAACAGAGUUCAAGUUAUUUAGAUUCUGGCAAUCUUAGCCCUUUUGUAGCAGAGCUAAUGAGCUAUAGAGUCAUGUCCAUUUUGUUGUAGUUUAAUUUCAGUCCAGUCUUUAAAAGACGGUGUGCACUUCAUUUCAGAUAUAUCUAGGUCCAGACUAUUUAUAUCC